UAGUUGGCUUGAGAAUGUGAGAACGUGCACGGCGACCCCGUGACAUAAAGAACCCGUGGGAUAACGCGAGGAUUAAUUCUUUACCCGUAUUAUUUAUGAAUGGAUACAGAGGAACAAUGUUAUAUAUCUAUAUACUCAUCUAGGUUCUAUAGUAUACCACUCAAUAUACUGCUUCGCUCUUGUCAUUCACUGUAUUCAAUUUUCUUCCAUCUUUUUUUUCCGUGUGAAAUUGUGAACAUUUGUAUUAUGUAAUUACUUUCGACAGUCAUGGCUGGAAAACAUAUCAAAGUGUAGACAGAGUUUCUGUGUUUAAGACAUCAGUGGAUUGGGUGUUUCUAUAUAAAGUUUUGUGAAUAAGAUAUAGACGUAUUGGAGUACACACACGAGAGUAGAUAAACUAUUCGCGACCCCCUUGUGAAUUAUACAAGGAGUCUUGGUCGAGGUUGGGUUUUUUUUUCGAACUAAACGUAUAUGUACCAGGUGUUUGGCGCAAACUGAAUGGAGCAGACCGAAUACUUUAAUUAAGCACUAAGUGAGAUUCGAACCGGAUUACCUUACGGUUGUUUUGGAUUCUGUUUUUUUUAGAUAUUAAACUAUUUUUGUUAGUUUUAGAGUUGCUGUGAAAGGUUUAUUCAUUUAUUUAUAUGAUUGAAAAAGCGGAUACGACAGCGUGCAGUCUAUAUCUACGCUAGCUUUAUGGAACUUAAUCCCAAUGACAUGCCUCUCAUUCUUACUGACAUAAUAAGAGGACAACGCUGGUGGAUUAAAUCACUUUUCUUAUAGAUUGUAAAUUAAACAUUUGGAUUACUUUUUAAGCCAUUGACAGUCAUUUUCAUUCUAUUUAAAGGGAUUCUUCGUAUCUUGGAUUCUGUUUUAAAGGAUUCUUUGUAUCUUGGAUAAAGGAUUCUUUGUAAUUUGGAUUGGAUAAAAGGGAUUCUUUGUAAUUUGGAUUGGAUAAAAGGGUUUCGUUGUACAAACUGGAUUGUGAUUUAAAGAAUUCUUUGCACUCUGGACUACGUUUUAAGGGAUUCUCUGUACCCUGGAUUGUGUUAAAAGGGAUACUCCGUGUUUUAAGGGAUUCUCUGUACCCUGGAUUGAGUUUUAAAGGGAUAAGUUGUGUUUUAAGGGAUAUUCUGUACCCUGGAUUGAGUUUUAAAGGGAUUCGUUGUAACGUAGAUAACAUAUUGACGGAUUCAUUCUUUUAUUUUUGAAUAUGAGAAUUUGAAUUAGCAUCUAAAUGAGAUAUUUUCUGAUCGAUUAUUGUGUUUUAAAUAUGGAGUAGUCGGUAGCGUGGAUCGAUUCUGUUUUUAUUCAAAUGGAUAUUUUAUAAUCUAUGGAAUAUUGAGAUAAGUGUUGGAUUAUUGGAUUAUUGGAUUAAUUGAUCUUCAGUUCAAGGAUUUACCGGAUUAACCAUGGGAUGUGUCACGCCAUUACCCCUCGUCUGCUUUCUAUUACUCUGUGGGAAUUUAGCGGUAACGUCAGGUGUUGAAGAAACUGAUUGGGGACCAUGGACGGACUGGUCUGUUUGUAGUAAAUCAUGUGACCAGGGUGUUAUAUACAGACAACGACAUUGUCAUACAAUUGCCAGUGAUGAAACCCAGUCAUCGAGUAGUAAUUUAAAGUGCAUCGGUGACAAAAAACAGUUUAAAAUUUGUCAGAUACAGAGAUGUCCACCACAUAGUGUAGAUGUAUCGGUAUCAGAGUGUAGUAAACAGAACAACCAAAUAUACGGUGGUAAAAAAUAUACAUGGGAGCCGUUCAGAAAUCCAUAUAAUAGAUGCGAUCUAUCGUGCAAAGCUAAAGGUCAUCAUUAUUAUUCUAGAAUCAAAAAAACUUUAUCAGAUGGAACACCAUGUAAGCAUGAUGGAACUUCAUAUUGUUUGGCAGGGGAAUGUCUGGCAGUGGGCUGUGAUGGCAUCCUGGGAUCGAAGACCAAACUAGACCAAUGUGGUGUCUGUGGCGGGAAUGGUAAAUCCUGCCAAGUCGUUUCAGGAAUUUUCACAAGAUCACAUCUUACCAAAUAUGGUCAUAACUUCGUGACAAAAAUCCCGAAAGGGGCGUGUAAUAUAAACAUCACAGAGAUGGCUAAAAGCAGAAACUAUAUAGCCUUAAAGAUAACAGAUGGCGAUUACGUCAUCGAUCACCUUCAACAUAUAAGUCACACCGGAACUUACCGAGGAGCAGGAACGGAGUUUCGUUAUUAUAGAAACACGGGCGGAAGUUGUCCAGGAGAAUGUAUUUAUGCAACAGGACCAACCAACACUAGCAUAGAUGUUGAAAUACUAUAUUAUCAUCACAAUCCAGGGAUUAUUUACCAGUUUACAAUACCUCAUGAUAUGGUCUCCCAACUCGGUAUACCACCACCACCAUCAUCAGACUCAACAACCUCAAAACAUGUCACCAGGAAUCACAGAGAGGGUAGAAAACAUCACCGAAAACAUAAAAACGGCCACAAAAAACACCAUAACAGGAAACAUAAGAAGAAGAAAACCAGACCUCGUGAAGAUGACGAAGUUGAAGCCGUCCCGGAAGAGCAACGCGACGAUGUGUCAGUGGGAAGAUCAAAUUCUAGAACGGUUAAAGUUGAUGAUCGAUAUAUAAUACGGCGAAGAACGGAUGCAGAUCGCUUGACUCCGCAGAUACAGUUCGGACAAUCGCCGCGGUAUAUACCAAACGCACGACAGGGCUACCAACAGCAAGUACUUAGUCGGUCACACACCAAUCAUCAUCGUAAUCAGCUUGGUUCUACAUAUCUAGGACGCGAUACUGAUUAUGGUUCCAGACAGAGUGUUGUGGGUAGAACGGGGCAGUAUGUACCAAACAGUGUUCUACCAUCAAAUCCUAAUGCGGAUAUCACCUUGCCUAAUGGCUACACGCAAAACAGUUACAAUCAGUUAGUGAAUGGGCUGGAAGAUCAUGAUAAAAGUGUACUGGAUACUAGCGGCUUGUAUUCCUGGAAGAUUUCCGGUUUUACCGAGUGUUCACAUUCCUGUGGUGGAGGAACCCAGGAAGCCCGUAUAUUGUGUGUUAAAGGAACAUCUAAUGCAGUUGUAACGGAAGAAAAUUGUGAUCUGGCAACGAUACCAGCUGUACACAAAGUUAACUGCAAUAAUAAUCCAUGUCCGGCCGAUUGGCACACAGGUAACUGGUCGGCCUGUAGUGUUACCUGUGGUUCAGGUAAGCAAACGAGAUUAGUUGAAUGUAGAAGACGAAUAUCCCCAACUCUAGCAAUCAGUGUUUCAGCUUCACUGUGUUUAAAUACAGACAGACCUCACAGAACAAAGAAAUGUCAAAAUGAUCCUUGUGCCACCUGGAAUACUGGACAUUGGAGUAAGUGUUCAACUAAUUGUGGUCAUGGUCAGAGAACAAGAGAAGUCACGUGUGUGGAUAUCAAAGGGCAGACAACUGAUGAUCAACAGUGUGGACAUCAUAAACCGGAUGAAGAAGAAAUUUGUGACAUGGGAUCUUGUGCAAAGGGCUGGUACCAUAGUAGAUGGUCGGAGGAGUGUUCAACGGAUUGUGGGCGUGGAUUCUACACCAGGAAUAUAUAUUGUGCUGCAGACGAUGGCACGUCACUACCAGAGAGAAAAUGUUCCAUUGAAUCCAAACCCAAAACUAGAAAGUCCUGCAAAAGUCCGAAACCUUGUGGUGGAAAUUGGUUUGCUGGGCCGUGGAAUAAAUGUAACGCCACGUGUGGUAUUGGGGCUAUAACAAGAGGCGUGGUUUGUAUGAAGAAAUUACGAUCUGAUGUAUAUACUAUAGUCAAGGAUGAAAAUUGUUUAAUAGAAGAUAAACCGGAAUCAGUUAAAGGGUGUGAAGAUUUACCGCCUUGUGGCUCCACGUGGUAUAUGACGGAAUACACACAGUGUACCAAAACAUGUGGAAGUGGAGUAAAACAACGUGAAGUGAAAUGUUUAAAUGCUAAUCUACAACCAGAUAUAACGUGCGACAAGAAGAAACGUCCCGCAGAAAGACAGAGUUGCAAUAAAGAAUCGUGUAAAAAGGCUAAUUUUAGUUUACAGAAAGAUUCGGGUGGCGAUAGAUGUACAGAUUCGUAUCCGAGUUGGUGCCAGUUUGUUCGUCAAGCAAGAAUAUGUGGAUAUAAGUAUUAUCAAAAACAAUGCUGCCAAUCGUGUCAGGAAUACUUAUAGCAUUGAAGACUAAAUGAUAGAGACUACAGCCACAGUUUGAAAUAAAUAAAUACUAAUAGAUCAAUACUAAUGAGAGACUUUCGAGGUGCCGUUCUGGUGUAAUAGUAAUUGCAGAGUUUUAAACCCAAUUGUUUUGGUGACGAAACGUCUCUGUGUAAAUCCACCAACAUUUCGCUGUUGUGACAUUGUGGUAAAAUAGAAACUGCUAAGUUUUAAACUGGUUUGUUUUAGUGACGAAACCCCUAGUAAUUACACCAGUUUCUCGGUGUACCUUUUUGGUACAAUCAAAUUUUCUAAGUUGUAGGAUGUUUUCUGAUUGGUGACGACACUUUCCAGUGAAUUAAUUUUUAGGAUGAACAGUCACGUGAUUCUGGACAAAGGCGUACCAAUGUCAAUGUGAGACUGUGGCUUUUGAAAGCCUAAUCGAUGUGUGGGUCAAUAACGUUAAAUAGAUGAAAAUAUCAAAGAGGGGUUACUCUUUUGAAUAGCCGAAAAGUCAAAGUGAGGCUGUAGCUUUGAAUGGGGCAACAAAGUGAGAUAUUGCAUUUGUGAACAUUACCGAGUUUGUGUUUGUCGAAUAGAAGAACCGUUGUAUCAAAUACAAUGAAUGACGUGUAAACUGUAUAUUUUGAAUUGAUAUUUUUAACGAAACGAACAUAAUAUAAUAAUAAUAAUAUUAAUUAUUUGUGUGAUUUAUAUAUAGAAUAGAUGUAGACAUAUGGUUGGUUUUAAGACAAGAGAAAAUAGCACAAGUAAAAUGUAGUUAAACUCAUUACAAACUGUGAAAAUAAUAGAAAUAUGUAUGUUGAUAAAGUUGAUAUUUUAACCAGGGACUGCUUCGAUACACAUGGUAAUCUUCGUUUUGGGGCCAUGCACUUCAAAAAAGCUUAAAGCUCCACUAAUUCGAAACGUGCUUGUUCUUUGGACAAUUGCUCACGAGAUCCCUCGUUCUAUAUUACGCUCGUACUUGUUGCGCACCGUGCUGAAAAUGAAUAAUUCAAUCAUAGGACACAGUAAGGACACGAGACUCCAUUAAUUCCUACGCUGGUAACCCACGAAUCUAGGGCAAAAGUUAGUCUUUAUAUAUCCCAUUCCCCCACCCUUUUGCAUUGCGAUUUUUGUGGACCUUUUGGUGUCAAAUCGAAGAAAGGGUUUCCAUAUACAUUUUCUGUAAGGUUUUGGUGAAUAUUGACUUUUUUGACGCGUAAGGAUACGAGGGUUAAACGGUUGGUUAGGUUGAAAUGUAGUUCCGAGGGUUGCAUGUUUCGUACUAUGCUAUUUCCAGUUUGUGCAUCCCAAGAUUUCCAUGCUGAACCGCAUACAUGCUUUUGAGCAGGAGGUUGCCACAUGUUGCACCAUCUGUGCUACAAAGCGUCCAACCCUACGAAAAUUUGGGGAAAAGUUAGAACCGGUGAAAGAGUUAGAGUCAAUGGAGAAAUUAAUGGUGGUCUGCGUCCAUAUAAAAACCAUUUUAUUAUUAAAAGUUACGUCUAGUUUAUAGUAGACUAUAAAUAGGGCAUUAUACAGUCGAAAUGGACCAAAGAAACGGAUAUGUAUCAGGAAGUUAUUUAUCUGUAUAAAUAACCGCUAACAUUAGUUGUUGAAUUCUAAAAGCUGUUGCUUGUCAUUUGACUUGUCUGGAAUCCCUGGUAAAUUACAUUUAUCGUAAAAGUUUCAUUUCUGAUGGGCCAGGAGUUACAAAAUGGUUCGUUUCCGCGCAGUGUUUCCAAAGAUAUGAUAAAUUUAAAAUCUGAACAAGCUAGCGCCACCUAUAAGCGAAACGUUUAAUGGGUCUGAUUGUUUCUUAAUCUUAUUGAAUCUAAAUGGAUGGAUAAUCAACGGUUGAUAUUUGGUUUCACUGUCUUAAUUAAAUCAAAUAAUCAAUUUGAGUACGUGUUAGCUUGGAUUAGAUAUUGUUCGAGAUAUCCGAAUGACGAACAGCGGCUUUAAGAAAGCAGUAAUCCCGAACAUAUUCCCCGAAUCUUUCGCACAUAUAUUAAGAAUAAUUAUGUUAUCUAACAUUAGUUCUGUGGCAUUUGUAAUAUUUUAUUUUCAAUAUAUUCGGUGUGCUUUUUAAAACUGUUUGUACAUUUUAAAAGAAAAGCAUGUAUUUUUCUAGUUUCAUAUGAAGUAUAUUACAAUGUAUUCAGUCCGCCCUUCUUUAAUGACGCGAUGUGUGUUCCAAUAGAAAACGUGUUCUGACAAAAAAUAUCUUCACUUCCCUGCGUUUCAUUUAUGUAAUCUAUUUCUUCCAUUUAAAUCAUAUUUGUUCAUGAUACCGCCCGGGUCGUUUUUAAAUUUACCCACAUUUAAAGCAAAACGUUUUUCACAUACGAUUGUGAAUAAAUUUUAAUAUAUAUCUCACAGGAAUUCUAAAAUUGCUGUAGAUAUUAAAGCUAUAUUUCCUCAGAAUGGCGCCAGUUCACUAACAAUGGUGUCUCGGGGUCGACCUCCGGGAUUUUCCAGUGUGGUUUUCGCCUUGUCAGUAUAGUAGUACAGAAAGGAGGACCGAGCAAGGAAAAACGACUGGUCGUUCAAAUGGAACAAAAACAGAGGUACGUGGACACGUUGCCAUCCACGUAAAAGAAAUGGUAAAAUUUCCCACGUGGCAAACCGCAUGGCGCAUGCCCGUCUUCAUUAACCCCGUUGGUGAAUAUGCCCAUUCCACAUCAUUUUGUUAUAUACAAAUAAGCAAAUAAAAGAUUACAAUAAAGAAAACUAAAAAAAAAACUUUCCCCAAGUAAAAGUCAUAUAAUAUUAGAUAGUUUUCUAACAUGUACUACGCAAAAUGGCAUGUCUUGUAGUUUCCAAUUCAUCUACAAGACUUGUUAGUCGCUGUUGUCCAGUCAUUUUGAAUGAAGUUAACUUUUAGACCAUCUGUCUGCAAUUUUUAAUGUACAUAUUAAUAUGACUGGAUACACAAUAACUAAACAGGCACGAAAGAUGAAUAGAAUAAAAGGCGAAGUAUUGCGAUUGCCAUUCAAACAACUUUACAUAUUAGCAGUACAAAAACAAAUUAACUUGGGAUCCCGGUUUAAACAAGCACGAAUUAUAUAAAUAAAAUAGUUCAACGUAAAGGAUGUAACCUUUUCAUUGGGUAAGGGUUACAAUCCUGGUACGAAGAAGAAAAAUACAUGUGUUUACGAUUACUAAUAAGUUAACCAAAACUAGGCUCGUUCGAUCGGAAAAAUCUUUUGUAUCAUCUAUUUUCUAACAUUUCUGGCUUGAUUACUAAGUAAGAUUCUUGAAAAUAAUACCGAAGUUUCAGUACUGAAAUUUGUCUGGCAAAAAGACGGAAUUAACGGGCCGGGAAAUCAGAAAAAAAAGUUUAGAGUCGGUGAUUUUGGCUCAAAAAAAUCUAGCGUAACCAUAAACACAGGUAAUUUUUUUUUAUUUUGACCUGAUCGGUUUUGUUUGUGUGUAGUGCUGUCCUCCUGCACUUACUAUACUAGUAUCAUAUUAUAUAGGGCUACCGUGUAGAGUGUAUUGUAUUGUUUAUUUAGUAUAUAUUAUAGGUGUUUAUAUAUAUAUUAUUGACGUGUUAGUCUUAAAGACUAUAAUACUGUAUAGACAUAUAUAUAUCAUAUAAUAAAACAUAUUUACAAAACAUA